CUUGUUCAUGGAGUGCCACUAAUGCCACCAGAACAGUCGAAUCCACGAGGGGCAUAUGCUCGCCAAGGAGGAGGAGGAAGAGGAGGGUGGGGCUACUUCCGGGGACGUGGUCGGGGGAAGCGACAUGGUGGUGAUGGUAGUUGGUUCAAUGAGAAUGGUAGCGGCAGGAAUAAUUUGUACCCUGGCCGUUCACAGAAUCCCGAUGCAAACGAACAAAACGGAAAUAAACGCUGGCAGAGGCCCAGAACUUCAGCUCCUAAAAACCAGAAUCAGGAUCAGGAUGAAGAUGGUAUUGUCCCUGAUGUCAACACUAUAAUGGUGCAGGCGAAUGAAAUACCUGCAGCGGCGUUGCAGAUACAACGUACGGCGCCACCAAUGUCAAAACAUGUUGUUAGUUGCCCAUGGAAGGACUGGGACGUAUAUUUUCCACAGGAAGUCUACCAUUCCCAACAUGAAUUUCUUCCAUGGAUUGCUGAGUUCAAGAGAUAUAUUCAAGACUAUCAUCUUUAUAGACUCAAUAAGGAGCAUCAAUGUGCUAUCGCACAACGAAGGGUCUUGGUUGUGAACCUCAAGAAUUUGGUUCAAGCAUGUAAAAUUGAGGAUCUGAUGAAGCUUAUAGUUGAACGGCCUACAGAUAUUAUUGGCUGUAUUACCUUGGCUGCCAUUCAGGCUAUUUUUGGUGAAGAAGCAACGAAGACGACCCAACAAAAGCGAUUUACAGUGCGGUUCGCCUGUUUCGACAAGAUUACACGUGGCAAGGAUCUGAAAGCGGACCUUAUUGGGAAAAUGGUUUGUGUACGGGGGACCGUUGUUCGAACUUCUGGGGUGAAGCCUCUUGCUAUAAAAAUGGCGUUUACUUGCAAUACCUGCCAAGCAGUUCAGACAGUGGAAUUUAAAGACGCAAGAUAUGAAGAACCAACAAGAUGCCUCCAAGUUGGUUGCAGGAGCGGGAAAUUUACGCCGCAGCGUGGAAUUGACUAUGAGACAGAGACUGUCGACUGGCAAGUCAUUCGAUUACAAGAGAAACUCCCAGAUGACAGAUUGGACUCUGGCAGGGUCCCAAGGUCGAUUGAAUGUGAAGUUAUAAACGAUCUUGUGGACCGUGUCAUUCCAGGAGAUGUCGUAGAGAUCACUGGGAUUGUCAAGGUUGCUCAAACCGAAAAAGCAUAUCAUUCCCGAACAAGAACUGGAAACACUAUGUAUUUGCUUUAUAUUGACGUCAACUACCUACAAAAGUCCAGUAUGACCACUGUGGAUGAGGAAGAAAACGAUCAAGAUUAUGACCCGAAAGGAUCUUCCAAAGACAGUAAGGACAGCAUCCAGAUCAAUACUAGGGAUCUCUACGCAAUCGAAGACAUUACUCGGGAGCCUCAGCUAUUUAAGCUUAUCGUCAAUUCAUUCUGUCCUCUAAUUUUUGGUCAUGAAAUGGUCAAGGCCGGAAUCCUAUUUGCGCUCUUUGGUGGUAGAAGACGUGGCAACAGUGCGAUAGACCGAACUGUCACUCGUGCAGAUCCCCAUGUUUUGGUCGUUGGAGAUCCCGGUCUAGGAAAGUCUCAAAUGCUAUCUGCAGCUGUGAAGGUAGCUCCUCGUGGUGUUUACGUCUGCGGGAGUAGUGGAGUAUCUACUGGCGGAUUAACUGUAACACUAGUCAGAGGUUCGGGGUCUGAUUUUGCGCUUGAGGCAGGAGCUUUGGUUCUAGGUGAUCAAGGAUGUUGCUGCAUUGAUGAGUUUGACAAGAUGACAACAGAUCAUAAUGCCUUGUUAGAGGCAAUGGAACAACAGUCGAUCAGCAUUGCCAAGGCAGGAGUCCUUUGUACAUUGCCUGCUAGAACCAGUGUAAUUGCUGCUGCAAACCCAAAGGGUGGUCAUUAUAACACUGCCAAGUCAGUGGCAGAGAACCUGAAGAUGAAUGGUGCACUAUUGUCUCGUUUCGACCUGAUUUUUAUCCUGAUGGACAAACCUGAUAGCGAAAUGGAUAAAUAUCUCUCUAGGCAUGUGAUGGCUUUACAUGCAGGACAUGCAGCAGACAAGCGAGCUCUUAGGCCUACCUCCUCUCAAGAUAGUGAAAUGGAUCGGUCGCACCCCUCGGAAUCGAGCGACACUAAAGCAAGAAUGAGUGACCCUUUAUCGGAACGUCUAAAGAUGACAAAGGAAGAUGAUUUGCAGCUCAUUGCUCAACCGCUCUUGAGAAAAUACAUUGCUUAUGCUCGUCAAUAUGUGCAUCCAAGGCUCUCGCCGGAGGCGGCUGCAAUCCUACAGGACUACUAUCUUGCUCUUCGUGAGCGACAUCGAUCACCAGAUGGCACACCAGUGACGACGCGGCAAUUAGAAUCUCUAAUCCGAAUGGCUGAGGCAAAAGCAAGGAUAGAGUUACGCGAGCUUGUAACAAAGAGAGACGCAAUGGAUGUUGUGGAGAUCAUGACGUUCAGCUUGCGUGAUGCAUUCGGGUCAGGGCAGGGUCUUGGCCCCAGUCAAGGUCAAGGAUCAUCUGGUCGCGGAAAAGGAGCUGCUAUAAAAAGAUAUGUCGCUCAGUUGCAGAAGAUCGCAAAUGAAACAUCAAGCAGCAUGUUUUCUUACGAGCAAUUGUAUCGUACAUUCCAGGACAUGCAGUUUUCGGACAUUACUGGCGGGUUUCAGGGGUUUAUCGAAACUCUUAACAACCAAAACUUUCUGCUCAAAAAAGGAUCGCGAACAUAUCAGCUUACCAUGGUCAUGUAAAUACACCUAGACAUCCAGAGCAAUAAAAAAUAAAAACACUAGGGCCUAUCAAUCUUGAAAGAGGAAAUAUCGUCUG